GAGAGGUUAAUUAUCAGUUAUGGGAUCUGGUUCAGAGUCAUCGUCGUCAAAGACAGCUUCUCUGGACGAAGUACUCCAUAUGUUUGGGUUCGAGAUCGAGGAAGUAUCGCCGAAGAGGCUAACGGGACAUCUAAAGGUGACCGAUAAGUGUUGCCAGAGAUGGAAGGUGUUGCACGGGGGGAUAGCGGCACUGAUUGCAGAGUCACUGGCAAGUAUGGGAGCUCAUAUGGCGUCGGGAUUCCGUCGGAUUGCCGGAAUUGAGCUCAGCAUCAACCAUUUGGCGGAGGCUUACCUGGGCGACAUGGUCAUGGCCGACGCAACACCAGUUAACCUCGUCGGAACUCUCCAGGUAUGGAGGGUGCAACUCUGGAAGAUCAAUAUUCCUAUGAACCCUGAGAGUACAAAAGUUUUGAUAUCAACAUGCAAUGUCAGCAUUCUAUCAAACUUGCCCAUUCCAGCGAAUGCCACAAAUGCUGCUGUGCCCCUCAUGAAGUAUGCAAAGUUAUAAUCAAUCCAUGCUAAUUAUCAUUAUUAUUACUAUGAUUAUUAUUGUUAUUAUU